AUGGAGAGCCAGGACGCCCCGGACUGCCCUGAUGCCCAGCCAGGCUUCAUCUGCGCCUCUUUUAACCAGGACACCACCUCUCUGUCCAUGGGCAUAAAGACCGGGUACCGGCUCUUCUCCGUCACCUGUGCGGACUUUCUGGACUGCAUCCAUGAAGGAGUGGAGUGUCCAGACGUGUACAUCGUGGAGCGCCUCUUCUCCAGCAGCCUGGUGGUGGUGGUCAGCCUGUCCAUGCCGCGGCGGAUGAACGUCUACCAUUUCAAGAAGGGAACUGAGAUCUGUAACUACAGCUACUCCAACAACAUCCUCUCGGUCAAACUCAACAGACAGAGGCUCGUGGUCUGUUUGGAAGAAUCCAUCUACAUCCACAACAUCAAAGACAUGAAGCUGCUCAAGACGCUGCUCAACACGCCCACCAACCCCUCAGGGCUGUGCGCUCUCUCUGUGAACCACAGUAACUCGUACUUGGCCUAUCCUGGCAGUGCCACCAUCGGAGAAAUCACCAUCUACGACGCCAACAGCCUGAGCACCCUGACCCUGAUCCAGGCCCACGACAGUCCUCUGGCAGCUCUCACCUUCAACACAUCAGGGAGCAAGCUGGCCAGCGCCUCCGAGAAGGGGACUGUCAUCCGAGUCUUCAGCGUUCCUGAAGGAGACAAACUCUUUGAGUUCAGAAGAGGGAUGAAAAGGUACGUCAGCAUCAGCUCUCUGUCCUUCAGUGCGGACGGGCAGUUCCUGUGCUCCUCCAGUAACACAGAGACCGUGCACAUCUUCAAGCUGGAGCAACACAGCCCCAGGGAAGAUGAAGAGUCGCCCACAUGGUCCACAUACAUGGGGAAGGUGUUCACGGCGGCCAGCACCUACUUACCCAGCCAAGUGUCCGACAUGAUGCACCAGGACCGCGCCUUUGCCACGGUGCGACUCAACACGUGCGGCUUGAAGAACAUAUGUGCCCUGGCCAUGAUUCAGAAGCUCCCGCGGUUGCUGGUGGCGUCAUCCGAUGGGUUUCUGUACAUUUACAACGUGGAUCCGCAAGAAGGCGGCGAGUGUGUUCUGGCCCAAAAACACAGGCUGUUCGAAGGCAGCGAUGAUGAGGAAGAAAAUGAGGAAGAGAAAACAGAAGAGGACGCGCCUCAGCCGUCCAGCCAGUCAUACGCAGCGACCGUGGCGCUGCCGUCGACUCCGCCCUCCUCCACCACGCUGAUGGGUUAUUCUGAAGAAGGUGGAGCUCAGAGAGGAGAGGUCUUCCCAGAGCACGAGUUUGCAGAGAGCCCUGUCCGCCUCGACGACGAGAACGAGUUUCCCCCCGUGGGUCUUCAGGAGUAA